AUGCUGACGGCGGCGCCACCAGCGGCGGCACCAGAUGCGCAGAAGCUGGCGGCACUGUCCAGCGCCGCCGACGUCUUCAUCGGCUUCCUGUUUGCGCUGGGCCUGGGUGCCAGCGGCAUGCUCAAGCCCUCCAAGGUCGUAGGCUUCCUGAGCGUGCUAGGUGGCACCUGGGAUCCCUCCCUCAUGUUUGUGAUGGGCGGCGCUCUGCUGGUGGUGCUGCCCACCUUCCAGUGGGCACUGCGCCGCACCAAGGCGCCGCUGUGCAGCACGUGUUACGAGCUGCCCACCAAGAAGAGCCUGGACGCCAACCUUAUCCUAGGCUCGCUGGUCUUUGGCGUCGGCUGGGGCAUCGGCGGCAUCUGCCCGGGCCCCGCACUUGUGGCGCUGGCCUCCCUGCAGCCCCAGGUGGCCCUCUUUGUUGCUGCCAUGCUGCUGGGCAUGCGGCUGGACCACACUGUGGAGGCGGUGGCAUGCAUGGUGAACAACAACAUGAAGGCCGCUCAGAAGCAGGUGUCGUGA